UAUAAAAACACGCGCCACCGCAGCGCGUUCAACAAUAUGUUCUGCCCUCUCUCCCGGCUUUCUCUUUCGUCGAAGCACCACCAUCAUCAUCAUCAUCACCACAUCUCUCUGAAUUCCUCACAGAGACAGAGAACACGAACACGAUAUACCACAAUUCCACACCACUUCCACUUCGUACUACUACGCACCGAUUCAGUGGUUUCUGAUGGGCGAGUUGACUCAGGCCGAGGUGUACUCGCCGAGGACUCAGCAAGUGUGGAGGGCACUGUUGAGCUGGUUGGCCUUCUUCUUCCAGAUCUUCUUUCAGAUUAUCAGAGCCCUUGGUCACUACCCUUUGCUCUCGUUCUCUUCUGGUUCUUCUUCAUCGUCGUCUUCAGGUUCCUCUUCCUCUUCUCCUCAUGCCUUCAAGCCCCUACCCUCAGUUGAGCUUCAGGAACACGAUUCGCCACCACCCUCCGCCCUUGAAAUCACCGCCGUCGAUCACCACCCUACCCAAAAACUCACGGUAGUGCUUGACUUGGAUGAAACACUGGUAUGUGCAUAUGAGACAUCAAGCCUGCCAGCUUCACUACGUGCUCAAGCAAUUGAGGGUGGUUUGAAUUGGUUUGAUCUGGAAUGUGUAUCUUCAGAUAAGGAAGGAGAAGGCAAACCGAAAAUCAAUUAUGUUACUGUCUUUGAACGCCCUGGGCUGAAGGAAUUCUUAAGGAAAGUUGGUGAAUUUGCUGACUUGGUACUGUUUACUGCUGGUCUCGAAGGAUAUGCUAGACCCCUUGUUGACAGAAUAGACAUAGAAAAUCUGUUCAGUCUACGACUUUACCGGCCUUCGACAAUUAGCACAGAAUAUAGGGAACAUGUCAAGGAUCUUACCUGCAUAUCAAAGGAUCUAUGCCGCAUUGUUAUUGUAGACAACAAUCCCUUCAGCUUUGUAUUGCAACCAGUGAAUGGAAUUCCGUGCAUCCCAUUUUCUGCUGGGCAUCCACAUGACACCCAGCUUCUAGAUGUCAUUCUUCCACUUCUGAAGCAACUCUCUGAGCAGAAUGAUGUAAGGCCUUUGCUCUAUGAAAAGUUCCACAUGACUGAUUGGUUCCAGAAGCAAGGGAUUCCAGCUUCCAGUUGGACAUUGUAGAACUAAAAUCGCGUUUGCUAGUAUCUCUUUUGUUUAUUUUUUGGUGAAACUCUCAUAAUUAUAUUGCUAGAAGGGCAGCUGCUGAUUGUACGGUUUAGAUUCUUUGUAUAGCAUCCAUUUGUUUCUGGAGCAUCCAGAGGUUUCAAAUGCUGCUUCUUGAAGCCAAGUUAGUUCACCAUUUAUGUAUGUAGAUUGCCAGAAUUCUUAUUGUUGUUUAUAGGCUUGCAAUCUGUUGGAAAGUAUCUUGAUGGUUUAUUGUACAAUUGUUUAUCAAUAAUUAUUAGCAGUUCAAAAUUCA